CAUAGGAAAUGGACAAGACAAAAAUGCACUUCGAGUAAAGCCUUCUAAUCAUCCAUGUUAUGAGGGAUAUUACAGUCAACUCAGCUUUACCCCUUUUGCGUUUGAAUCCAAAUUGCAUCUGGCAGCCUACAUUUAUAUAUUUGUCUGAAACUCAAGAUUUGAGAGAGGAAAAAGCAUGGCCUCUCCAAAAUCAAAUCUCUUUUGCACCCUCAUUGUGCUCUUCCUCUCAAUCCAAUCCAAAGUACUUUGCAGCAUUUACCAAGUUGGAGGCUUAGCUGCUUGGGGCAUUCCCUUUUCCUCCAACCCCAAACUCUACAUCAACUGGGCUACCAAGUACCAUGGACUCAAGAUUGGAGAUUCUAUCUUUUUCUUGUACCCACCAAGCCAAGAUUCUGUGAUCCAAGUGACAAAGGCAUCAUACGACAGCUGCAACCUCAAAGAUCCGAUCUUGUACAUGAACAAUGGCAACUCCCUUUUCAAUAUUACCAAAGCCGGAAAUUUCUACUUCACAAGCGGCGCCGAUGCCCAUUGUGCUAAAUCUCAGAAGCUUCACAUUUUUGUGUCUGGGAAUGGAUCCUUUGUUGAGGACGAUGAGCCGGCUUCCGGCCCGGCCGCUUCGGCGCCAACCUAUCCAACGGUUUUCGGCGCCAUUCCGGUCCAGGCCGCUUCGGCCGCCGCGCCGUUGCUUCAGAUUCCGGCUUUGAUGAUGGCUGCGGUUUUGUUGCCUGCGAUUGCGCUUGUUAUGUAGAGAGGAUAUAAUUUUAGUUUACAGUAUUGAGUUAUCUGUUUAUUUUGUUUAUAAUUCAAUUUUUGGUGAUGUAAUUUGAUUCUGUUUUUACUCUGUAUGAAACGGAUCGAUUCUUUCAAAAGGGUUGAGCUUCAGAGAGUUGUCUGCCGACUUUGUUUUGUGUGUAUAUUUUAAACUUUAUUGGAUAAACGAAAAGGAUAAAUUUUUUAUUA